CCAUCUUUGUCGUUCUUCCAGAAGCCCAUCCCCCUGGUGCGUCUUCACCGGGUAACCAUCCGUCUAUCAGUCUAUUCUGUUUGAAGCGCGAGCUGCACACACGGUGGCGGAAAGAUGCCCUCACCAAGGACAAUAACCAUAGUGGCUCUGUCUUUAGCUUUAGGUUUUUUUGUGUUUAUGGGGACCAUUAAACUCACACCGAGACUUAGCAAAGAUGCAUACAGUGAAAUGAAAAGGGCAUACAAGAGCUAUGCUAAGGCACUGCCAGGCCUGAAAAAGAUUGGAAUCAGCUCAGUCCUACUCCGUAAGAUCAUCGGCUCUCUGGAGGUGGGCUGCGGCGUGGUGCUCACCCUUGUGCCAGGCAGGCCAAAAGAUGUAGCCAACUUUCUGCUGCUGCUGGUCAUGCUAGCUGUCCUAUUCUUCCAUCAGCUAGUCGGUGACCCAUUGAAACGGUACGCCCACGCUCUGGUCUUUGGUAUUCUGCUCACCUGCCGACUGCUUAUUGCCCGCUCAGGUGAUGACCGGCCAGAGAGAGAGGACAGCAGAGAGGAACAGCACAUCAAUGACCAGGAAAAGAACAAGGUCAAGCAGUCUUAAGAUCCUGUGUUACUUUGGUUCAAGCCAAAACAAAGGGAACCUAGUACGCCUCUGUGGAUGGUAAUGAAUCAGAUUUUGAAGGAAACAGUCACCCCCAGUAAUAAAACCCCCUCACACACAUCUACUGUUCCAUCCUGAUGGAUGACUGAUCACUCUCAUCAACUCCUGUGCACUCUUAAUGUGAAACUGGGAACUCCUGAUCCAUACAUCCUCUAUAUAGCCAUGGACAAUCAAACCAGUGGAAGCUUUGAUGAGCAGAGCUCAUGUCUCAAUGACCCUUUUCCCUUCAUGUACUCCAGCCCUACACUGUGCUAAACAUAUGUUUUUGUUUUAAUCAAGUGUGAAUUUGGUUUUUGUUACAAGAUGUUAUGUUGAUUUGAGAAUGCUGUUUUCCUGAGACAGUCUUUGUAGCUUGUUUUUCUAAUUUGUUUUUAUACUGUAGGUAGAAGUGAUUGAUAAUUUAUGAAUUUCAACAGUUCAAGCAUGCUUCUUUUGGUCAGAAGUGUAGAAUAUAAACCAAAAUUAACAGUGUUGCAAGAAUUUGUACCAAUUAUUCAUCAAUUAGUAUUACAUAUCUACCUUUUAUUUAAUGCAGUGUCACCAGAAAGCAUUUUUUGAGAGGGAAAAUAUAUCAGUUCCAUUUCUUGUCACUUGUCAUUAGAUUUUUAAAGGAGUACGCAUGAAAUAUUUUCUCCCAAAGUAAAGUAAGCUGAGUAUCCUCUGGCUCAUCUCAGUUCAGUGAUUAUACCAGUGAAGCUGUAAGGCUAGAAAAGACAGCGCCUGCUGCCUCUGGUGUCUGCUUCCAGCUUGUACAGCAGAACAUAACCAAAUUUUUAUUAUAAGAACUUUUUGCCUGAUAAUAGUGUAAAACUACCUUUUGUAAUUCAGAGCUGAAGUCUUAAACCUUGUCACCCUCUCUUACAGAUUCUACUAUGUUUGGUUUAAUUUAAUUCUGUCUAAAGAUAUAUGAAAAACUUCCUAUUUGUUUUGUUUGGGAAUAAAUGCUCAGUUGAAGAUGAUGUGAGUUAGUUUUGAGAUUCACAAUAUUUCUGUAAAUGAUGUACUUAAAAUAAAGAAUUGGAGGUGAGACAUGCUAAA